ACAAGUCAAGGUGGCCACAACAUGAGGGAAAAAUCGCAGUGGUCAAAUGGCUGUCAUCGCUUUUUAUGACAGAUGUUUUGCGUGAUUAAUCCGCUUUGUUAAUUCACGAUCUCGCGUGCACGAAUGUAUCAGGCGAGCUCUCUCCUCUCUUGAAUCUCGCGCGGUGAAGUCGCACGCGUCAUCGCCUGUGUUGUCAUCAUCAAAAUUGUAUAAAAAAUUUCGUCAGACUUGGAGCAGACAGAGAGCGAACGAGCAUCAAAGGAAGAAGAACGCGCUUCGUCAAAUGUCUCGCCGACGAAGCGGUUAGAUAUCUUUGAAGAGCAGAGAGAGAGAGAAAGAGAGAGACUUGGAGCCAGCUGGUUUUGCGAGUAGCCCAUCGUGGGCCCGUCGUGUACGCUAAGAAAGCAUCGUCUGCGAAGUGCCGAAGUGUCGUGAAGUGAUAAUAUCGCUCGGAGAAUCCAGCGACGGACAUCACACACCGAGCUAUCAAUCGCGAACGCGACAACAAUGGCAAAGACGUACGAUUAUUUAUUCAAAUUGCUGCUGAUCGGUGACUCCGGAGUGGGCAAGACAUGUGUGCUGUUCCGAUUUUCCGAGGACGCGUUCAACACGACCUUCAUCUCAACUAUCGGCAUUGACUUUAAAAUUCGUACCAUCGAAUUGGACGGCAAGAAAAUUAAACUACAAAUAUGGGAUACUGCUGGACAAGAAAGGUUUCGUACCAUAACUACAGCAUACUAUCGUGGAGCGAUGGGAAUUAUGUUGGUGUAUGAUGUCACAAAUGACAAAAGUUUUGAAAACAUUAAAAAUUGGAUUCGGAAUAUAGAGGAAAACGCGUCUGCGGAUGUGGAAAAAAUGUUAUUAGGUAAUAAGUGUGAGCUUACAGACAAGAGGCAAGUAACUAAGGAAAGGGGCGAGCAAUUAGCUGUCGAAUAUGGCAUUAAAUUUAUGGAAACCUCGGCAAAAUCUAGCAUUAACGUUGAAGAAGCUUUUUAUACUUUGGCACGUGACAUCAAAGCAAAAAUGGAAAAAAAAUUGGAAGCAUCAAAUCCACCAAAAGGCGGCGGUCAUCAGUUGAAAGCUUCAGAACCACAAAGGAAGCCACCCAGUUGGCUCGCUCGUUGUACUAUACUCUGACCCUCCAAAUAUUUUCAAUUGUUCAGCGAGAAGAUACAUUUAUUUACUAUCAUUAAAUACUUAUGUUCAUUUCGUCGAACAAAACUGAUGUUUUGUGGAACUUUUUACGUCCCCAGUAUUGGGUUUAGUGGGCUUACUCCUUGACAAUGAAAUAUUUAUAAUUGUAUUAAAAACUCAGAAAUUAUUUACAUGAA